AUGCACUUACCAGACCAAUGGCCGCUCUCUGGGGUCACCACCUCAUGGGCCGCGGCCCUCAUGGUGGUGAUUAUCUCGAGCUUCUACCUGUCUUCAGCAAAGCUGCACCCCCAAGAGCCGCCCGUCAUUACCAGUGUGGUACCCUUCGUGGGCCACUUGCUCGGCAUGAUCGUCAAUGGCGGGCGCUACAUCAAGUCCAUAGGGAUCACCAAUCGCGACAAGCCCAUAUUCACUCUUCCCAUGCCCCGGUCGCGCAUCUACGUCGUCACGGACCCGGUCCUGGCGGCCGCUGUCCAACGCGCCUCACGCGCCUUAUCCUUCACACCUCUCGUGCCAGAUAUCACCAAGCGCGUGCUGGGGCUUGACGAUGCCACCGUGGCCGCCGUCCGCCAGAACCUGGAUCCCGAACCUGGCGACGACCGGCGUGGCUUCCUGGCCGACAUGCACGACAUGAUGUACCGCCACCUCGGACCCGGCGAGGCGCUCGAAAGCCUGAGCUCCGGCGCCGCUACGGAAUUGAGCCGCCAGAUCAACACCUACGUCGCGGACCUGCAGCACCGACAGCCAGGCGGAGUACCGGCUGUCAAGGUUGACUUGCUCGAGUGGGUGCGCCACUUUGUAACGGUCGGUACGGCGCAGUUUCUCUACGGGCCAAACAACCCCAUCGCCGUACACCCAGAGCUAGAGCAGGCCUUCUGGGACUUUGAUCACGGUCUCGGCCUCCUGCUGAUGGGCCUCGCGCCUUCCAUCACUGCGCGCAAGCCGUACCGCGGGCGGGAGGCCCUGGCGUCCGCCUUCACCGAGUAUAUCACCGCUGGCUAUGAGCGUGAGGCGGCGGCGAUCGUGCGCAAGCGUGUCGCCAUUGCAGAAGAGUACGGAUGGCCAGCCUCCAGCACCGCGCGCUCGGAGCUGUCCUUCCUGUUCGCGGGUAUCGUCAACACUGCUACGACGACCUUCUGGGUAGUGCUGCAGAUCUUCGCGCGGCCGGAGCUGUUGGCCGCCGUGCGUAGCGAGCUGUCCAAGUUCGCGGGUAAGGGUGAGGGCGAGCGAACGCUAAGCAUGGACGGUGUGAAGAACGAGUGCCCCAUUCUACAGGCCGUAUUCCGCGAGUGUUUGCGGCUGGGCUCGAACAACUUCUCAACGCGCCUCGUGAAGACCGAUACACUGUUGGUGGAGCGGUAUCUCCUCAAGGCAAACUCAGUGGUCCAGGUCGCAGGCGGCGUGAUCCAUGCCGACAAGCAGAUCUGGGGCGACGACGUGGACGUCUUCAACCCGGGCCGUUUCCUCAAGCCGCAGCAAGGCGGGUCGGCAAGGCCGAGCGUCCACCCGGCGGCAUUCCGGUCGUUUGGAGGCGGCAAGACUCUCUGCCCUGGGCGGCAUUUUGCCACGAUCGAGAUCCUCUCUCUCGUGGCGAUGAUUGUCCUGACGUUUGACUUGGAAGCCGUCGGUGGGGGGAGAUCGUUGUGCCUGCUCCGGACGAUGGUGUACUGCCUGUACACAUUCUCGAGCCCAAGGCGUCUGAUGCCGUCAAGGUCGUGA